UUCGUCGCUAAGUACACUCCGACCAUCGUAUAGCGCAUUCCUCUUGUUCCAACACGGCCCGAUGCAGUCCGGUCGCGGACUCGAGCGCCUCUAAGCAUGCAUGAAGGUAUUGAGAAGCUUAGCGAGAAAGUUCUUGCCAGAAGCGAUACGGUCUUUACUUUUAAGCUAAUCUCCGAGCUAUAGAACACCAGGAUUGAACAUAAUACAGUGCCUGGUAUAAACCCAGUUCUCAUGUGGUCGAUACGACAUGCCUGGGAGAUAUGACGAUUACAAAUCCAAUCUCGAAAGGUCCAGAGUCGCACCCAAACAGGUGGGUUAUUCUGGGUGGCAAGUUGCAUAUCGUCUAUGCAAUAAGACUUGUUCUAAAAGGCGUGGAUUGGUCCGAGCGAUAUGUAUACGCAGAGUUGAAGCCGGGUGGAAUGACCGUACGGUUAGAGCCGACGAGCAUCUGUAUCUGAACAUGUCGUAUGUGGAGUCGAAGUCGUACAAAUGCAUGUCAGCGGAUAUAACGGCCAAUCGCACGUCUGGCCAUCCUAUCACGCAACUCAGAGUUGCGUAUACGAGAUCCUUUCUGCUGAACCGUCGACACAUCAUGACCCCACCGGCAUCAUUCUAGAU